AUGGCCGCGAGAGGAAAGGUCACUUCUUCUUCAGAUUCUUUUUCCGGCCUUCUUUCUGGUUUUGUCUUUUCCUUUUCUCAUUCUAUGACCUUUUAUUUUCACUUGUCGACAUUUUUUUCUUCGUCUUCCGUCUUGGUCUCUUCGCUUGUCAUUGCCUGCUCUUUGAUUUCUCUUCGUUGUGGCCGCCUUGCCCUGUCCUCCUUUUCUCUCUUGUUGACCUUCAAUCACCUUUCGUUCUCAUUCUCCAACACUUCUAUUUCUCCUCCCCCAUCCUUCCCAUUAUAUGGUAUCUAUCUAUCUAUCUAUCUAUCUAUCUAUCUAUCUAUCUAUCUAUCUAUCUAUCUAGAUAUUGACGUUUCCUCUCGGUGUAUAAUUAUAACCGACAUUUUCGCUAUCUAUCUAUCUAUCUAUCUAUCUAUCUAUCUAUCUAUCUAUCUAUCUAUCUAUCUAUCUAUCUAUCUUUCGUAUCUAUCAGAUAGAUACGAACGAAAGAUCUAUCUAUCUAUCUAUCUAUCUAUCUAUCUAUCUAUCUAUCUAUCUAUCUAUCUAUCUAUCUAUCUAUCUAUUUAG